GAAAAGGUCAAAAAGAGAGAGGAACCAUCCCAUAAAAUACAUACACACACAUGAUGAUGACAUGGUCUGUAGUAAAACUAAUGGCAUUAUAUGCAUGUAUGGUGAUGGUAUGAUAUAAAUAAAAAAUCCAUGGGCAUGCGACGUGGAAACUGAUUGGUAUCGAUUCCGAUUGGCUGGGUGUUUCCCGAGAAAGAGAAAGAAAAAGCGGCCCCAAUUUUUUGAAACUCAAAUCCCAAUCAAUCAAUCUCUUCUGUGAACUGUGAUGCAUGCGAGUUGAAAUUGAAUCGAAGGCAAAGCGAAGAAGAUCAAAGAGAGAGAAUGGUUUCGUAUGUGAACAUCUUGCUGUACGGCGUGGGAGGGUUGGUGGUGGCGGGGAUGGCAUUGCUGGUGGCGUUUCAGGAGAAGCUGGUCUACGUUCCGGUGUUGCCUGGCAUCACCAAGUCCUACGCCAUUAACCCCUCUCGCCUCAGACUCAUCUACGAGGACGUCUGGCUCCAAUCCUCCGAUGGCGUUCGCCUUCACGCUUGGUUCAUCAAGCUCUUCCCUAAUUGCCGAGGUCCGACCAUUUUGUUUUUUCAAGAAAAUGCUGGAAAUAUUGCUCAUCGUCUAGAAAUGGUCCGAAUAAUGUUGCAGCAGUUACAUUGCAAUGUUUUCAUGCUUUCUUACCGAGGUUAUGGAGCAAGUGAUGGCUAUCCUUCUCAGCAUGGAAUAACUAAGGAUGCUCAGGCUGCAUUGGAUCAUCUUUCCCAAAGGCCUGAUAUUGACACAUCUAGAAUAGUUGUGUUUGGACGAUCACUUGGGGGUGCAGUUGGAGCUGUACUAACAAAAAAUAACCCUGACAAGGUUGCUGCACUGAUACUUGAAAAUACAUUCACGUCUAUAUUGGAUAUGGCUGGAGUUUUGUUACCUUUUUUGAAGUGGUUUAUUGGAGGAAGCUCUUCAAAUGGUCCUAAAGUACUCAAUUUUCUUGUACGUUCUCCGUGGAGUACUAUUGAUGUUGUUGGCCAGAUCAAACAACCUAUCCUUUUUCUCUCUGGAUUGCAAGAUGAGAUGGUCCCCCCAUCACAUAUGCAAAUGCUAUAUGCUAAGGCAGCUGCUCGAAAUAAUCAGUGUCUCUUUGUGGAUUUUCCUACUGGCAUGCAUAUGGAUACUUGGCUGGCUGGUGGUGAUCAGUACUGGAGAACAAUUCAGCAGUUUCUUGAGCAGCAUGCCCCAGAGCAAAAGGAAGACAGAUCAUCCCAAAAUGCAAAUGAUAUUGGGGCGAGGUGAUUGGCUGGCAUUAAAUUAUUUCAAUGAUACUAAUUGGCUAACUAAGGAUUCAAACAGUUUCUGCCCUUUGAAGUUGCAGUCCGUAAGAGCACCCUGUGAGAAGAUGCUUCCUACUGGGACAUGCUGCACCACGUCAAGGUAUAUUAUUGAACAAUUUUGGUUGGGUUGUGGUUUCCAGAACUUGGAAGAUACGCAGACAAUUUGUGCUUACCCUUUUCCUAUAUUGUUCGGCACCUACAUUUUGGGUGUCUGAUCGAAUUUGACAAAAUGAUAUGUAGAAUAAUAAUUAUUCACGUAAGCUAUAUAUUAUAUACAUGUAGUGUAUGUAGUAUGUUCUUAGUGAAUGGGUUCAUGUCUUUCAUACUAAUGCACGCUGCUGAGACAUAUUUCAUCUCAGUUGAUUGCUAUUUUCUUUAAUGUCAUCUUUUAUUGAUUCUUUAUAUAGAAAGUUUGAAUGUCUAAUUUAA